AUGAAUGAACAUUCAGUGGAAAGUAUUCGACGUGAUAGUCAGAUCUUGGGACAUCUUCCAAAGAUCAUGGUGGUCAAUCGUGGUGAAAUAGCCAUUAGAGUUUUUCGCACAGCCCAUGAACUUUCCAUGAGAACGGUUGCAAUUUUUAGUCAUGAAGAUAGAUUAUCAAUGCAUCGAUAUAAAGCCGAUGAAGCAUACCAGAUCGGUGAUCCGAAUGUUUAUUCAGCAGUUGGUGCAUAUCUUGCUCAAGAUGAAAUAAUUAAAAUAGCUAAACUUCGUAAUGUCUCAAUGAUUCAUCCUGGUUAUGGAUUUUUAGCUGAAAAUUCUAGUUUUGCUAAGAAAGUUGAAGAGGCUGGAAUAGCUUUUGUUGGACCUACACCUGAUGUUAUUGAAAAAAUGGGCGAUAAAACAAAAGCAAGAGAUUUAGCUAUACAGUGUGGUGUUCCAGUUGUUCCUGGUACUCCGGGACCAAUUUCUACAAUUGAAGAAGCAGAAAAUUUUAUAGCUGAAUAUGGAUUUCCAAUAAUUGUUAAAGCAGCAAUGGGUGGUGGAGGUCGUGGUAUGAGAGUUGUAAAUAGCAGUGAGACAUUGGUAGAAUCAUUUGGAAGAGCUAAAUCAGAAGCUUUGGCUGCUUUUGGUGAUGGGACAGUGUUUUUGGAAAGAUUCUUGGAUAAACCUAGACACAUUGAAGUUCAAAUACUAGCUGAUUCUGCUGGUAAUGUUGUACAUUUGUUUGAAAGGGAUUGUUCGGUCCAAAGACGUCAUCAGAAAGUAGUCGAAGUUGCUCCUGCAUUGAAUUUAGAUGUAA